AUGUCUGCCAAGUCGGCAGCAGUCAGGGAGCCUCCGAGCGAGCUCAAUGCGGUGAAACAGUAUAUUCGGCGCGGGAAUCAGCUUCGCGGUGCUGAUCCUGUCAUCACGUACUAUUGUUACUUUUGGGCAAUCAAACACAUUCUUGCCAAUAGCCUGCAUACACAAAGUCGGGAAUGCACUACUUGGACUACGGACCUUAUGGAUGAGCUUGAAAGGCGGAAAGCAGUCCUGGAUGGUAACGAACUACUCACCGACGAGAUGGCCGCCCAGGCCUAUGUCGAGAAUUUCGCCCUCAAGAUCUUUAACAAUGGCGUCCAAGUUAUCGAUGCCAAUAGAGCCACCAGUCAAACCGCCGAUACCCUACUAGCAGGCGCAACCCUCCUCGAAGUUUGCCAAGUAUUUGGCGAUCUCGAUGCAGAGACCCUCAAAAAAAUUAAAUACGGUAAAUUCCAUGCUUCACGUAUCUUGAAAGCGAUCCAAGCCGGUCAUGAUAUCAACCCUCCCAAACCCGCCACUCCAGAGCCCACCCCAUCGGAGCCCGCCCCGAUCGUCCACACCGAACCACCCCCAGACAUAUACGGCAACCAGCAUACCGAACCACCCCCCGAUAUCUAUGGCAACGCAAACCGGCCCCCCGCCCCCAGCAUCGAGGAGGUCCCCGACGAGUCCGUUGAGCUUGAGCCACGCCUUGCCCGUACCUCAUUACACACUACUCCCCCGCCAGCACCGCAAACACCCGUCCUCCCCAGCCCACGGUCACCAGAAAAAAACCACGAAUAUUUCCCUGAGGUACCAACCGUACACGAACCCAGUGCGCCUAGCCUCUUCCCCACAACAAUGGGACCAGCGAAUACCUCAUUCCCCGAUAUAUCACCUUACAACCCCCCACAGCCUCCUCAAGCUUCCUACACGCAAGCUCCGUAUGCACAGCCUCCUCCCCAGGCCCCCUACGCGCAGCCUCCUCCUCAGGCCCCCUACGCGCAGCCUCCUCCUCAGGCCCCUUACGCGCAGCCUCCAUAUGCACCAUCCCCGUACUCGCAGUCCCCGCCGCCGUUGAACCACUACCAUCAGGCACCAACGCCGGCGCCAGCGGCGCCGCCAAAGAGGGCUAAGAAGGAGGUGACGCCGGAGGAAAUGACGAAGGCACAGAAGCAUGCGAGGUGGGCUAUUAGUGCACUAGAUUAUGAGGAUGUAGAGACAGCAAUUGCGCAGUUCCGCAUGGGGUUGGAACUGCUGGGUGCCGAGUAA